CUGCGAUCGUAAAACCUGCGUGUUGAAAAUUGUCACAAAACAACCCAAAAGUUAAGCUAAUAAUAUUUAUUCAUACAUAGAGAAGUAACUCAUAGGCAGCCUACAUGUAACCCUUGGGCAAUACACGCUGUAAGAAACACAUGUAACACCUCUUCCGUAUUCAGUGGUGGCUGUGUCGUUGUUUAUUAACCCCUUCAUGAGUCGAGGGACUGACUCGGUGUACAUUGUACCGUACCCGGCUUAUCAGCCACUGCACACAUAGUUACGUUUUCGGAAUAAGAACAAAUUAUGAUUCAUUAGAAAAACGAAAACAAACACCCCACGUGGAACAGGAGGGGAGUUAAAGGUGCAGAAUGAGUGAAACGGAGAACAGUGAGGUGUUUGGAAUUUCAUAUUCUGUGAUUUUAUCAUCUCUAGUCGUCGGAAUUGUCACAUGGAUAUUUUAUGAUAAAAUUCAAUUUUUGGGGAAACUCUUAAUCGCCAAUUUAAGCUGGCAAUUUUUCUCAAUAUUCCCAAUACUCGCUUCGUUGUUUUAUGGACGCAUACCUGAAAAUAGAAGAUUAUUUAGCAUCGGGGUCCAACUGACCAACAAGUACCUCAUUGGAACUAAGUACAUAGUCAGGAACCAGAAGUACUUGGAGGAUGACAAAGCUUGCGUUAUUGUGUCCAAUCACCAGAGUUCUCUGGAUGGAAACUUCAUGGUGCAGCUUGGGAAUUACAAGGGAUCCAUCGUGAUACUGAAGAAAUCCUUGCUCUACUUCUCUGGACUGCUAGGACUGGCUUUCUACUGCAGUGGAUCUAUAUUUGUUGACAGGGGAAACCCUGAAACGGCGAAAAAGUCGCUUAAUAGUGCUAGAGAAGAGGUUGUCCGUAAGAAGCUGAAGCCACAGUUUUACGCUGAGGGAACUCGCCACAUGGGGAAAGAAAUGCUUCCUUUCAAGAAGGGAGCAUUUGUAAUGGCUAUUCAAGCUCAGAUUCCAAUACUCCCCGUAGUUGCAUCCAGUUAUCGCCAUUUUUAUGACAAGAAAAAGAAAGUAUUUAAACAAGGUACCGUGAUAGUGACUUGCUUACCGCCAAUUCCAACCACAGGACUUACAAUGAGUGACUUGAAUGACUUGAUAGACAGAGUGUGGAAACAAAUGCAAGAAACGAUUGAUAACACCACUGAGGAAGUGGAAAAUAGUUUGUAAUAAAACACCUUGUAACUAUUAUAUUAAACGCUGCUGUUUCUUAUUUGACAUUUUAAAUAAAACCAGCGAUCGAAGAAGUGGAAAAUAAUUGGUUACAUAACACCACUCAACUCUUGUAUUAUAUGCUAAUGUAAUUUAUUUGAUAUUUGAGUUUAUUUUGAAUGUAGUAAACGAAAUCAUGAACUUUCAUGAAUUAAAAAAAUACUAAAAAGAAA